AUGAUAACGCCAAGAUUCAGUAUAACACAGGAUGAAGAAUUUAUAUUUCUCAAAAUAUUCAUAAGCAAUAUUAGGUUUAAUGCUAUGGGAUUAGAAAUAGUCAUCCAAGAAAACAUGGUCAUCUUUCACCUAUCACCUUACUAUUUAAGAUUGAGGUUUCCUCACGAAUUAGUUGAUGAUGAGAGGUCCACGGCGCAAUACGAUUCCAAAGACGAAUGCAUCAACGUGAAAAUAGGAAAAUUGAAUCAAAAUGAGUAUUUCGAAGAUUUGGAUUUACCAACAAAAUUGUUGGCCAGGCAAGGCGAUCUCAUAGGUGCCGAUGCAUUGACAGAAAAUCUUGGUGAAAAGAAGGCUCAAAAGCCUCUUAUUCAAGAGAUCGAUGCCGAUGACACGUUUAGUAAGUCGAAGGAAGAUGUGAAAACUAUUGGUCAAAUGGGGGAAGAUUUCAAUUGGGAGAUCGAGCAAAAUAUUGAUUCGACAAUAAAUAAUGAACUACUGAAAACAAAAUAUGGAUUCGACAACUUGUAUGAUACAAUUAUAUCUGUAUCGGUAAGUAACGGGAAUGAUAUUAAUGAACUAGACGAUCCUGAGCAUACCAAGGCGAACGAUAGAGUCACUGAGAGAUUAAGAAAAGAAAAUUUAAAGUUCGACCCUGAAUACUAUGUUUCCGAAUAUAUGACGCAUAAAUACGGUAGCGAGGAAGACUUGGAAAUUAACGGAAUUAAAGAACUGCUUAAGUUUACACCUUCUGUCGUAAAGCAAUACCUACAAUGGUAUAAAGACAGUUCAAACCCAAAUAUUGUCAUGCCAAUUGAAUUUACUGACAAGGAACAAAAGCAGAUGCAGGACCACCUACCCAAGAAGACCUAUCUGAUAGAAGAUAUCAAACCCCUAUAUGUCACCGUACUCAGUGUUCUGUUUUGUCACAUGUUUGAACAGAUCGAAAACGAAGGUACUCAUACUACGGAGAGUGCUUGGACUUUGGGGAAAUUAUGCCCGCAGAUAUCCUUCUUAGAUAAUCAAUUAAAGAAGAUGGACGGACUACAAGAAAGUAUGAAAGAAAUAUCGAAUGUAAGUAAAGAAAGUUCCAUAAUUAAGGUUGCAAUCAUUACAGGCAUUAGAAGAGCUCUGAGCUAUCCACUACACAGAAACUACGACCUGGUAAUGAAAGCGUGGACGUUUGUAUAUUAUCUUCUACGUGGUGGUAAGAGAUUAAUCAUAAGAGCGUUAUUAGACGUUCAUGAAACGUUUCGCUUCCAUGAUGUGUACUAUGUCUACGAUAAAGUACUUUUGGAUGAUCUGACAGCUUGGUUCAUAUCCCAGGGUAGUGAGAAUGUCAUAAGAAGCCUUGCCAUGGAGAUGAGAAAAGAGCAAGAGUCGAUUUCCAAGGAGGACAUCGAGUUUGACUGUAUUGCCUCCUUCAACGAGCAAACUGGCGAGCCAGAGUGGGAGACGUUGAACCUGAGAGAAAUGGAAAUUUUGGCGGAGUCUCAAUAUCGAGAACAACAUCAAACAAACAACGAAGUUCUUCCGAUUGUUUAA